AUCCACUUGUAAUUUAAAAUGGAAAGAUCGUCAUUUUGAGGAUUUUGAUGCAAUUUGUUGAUGUUGAAGCCCAAUCUCUAUUAAAUUCCAGCAACCACUUUUUUCCAAAUAUUUUAUUUCGGAGAAUUAUAUAUACUCUAUUGACACUUAAGCAUUAUAAUCAAGGAUUAAUAAGUGAAUUCGUUACUACUUACCUUCUAGAAUUUGACGACAUACGCUACUACACCUACAAAAACUUGACAACCUUUAUUAAAAAGAGAUCGCAGUCCGUUCGCCAAAAGUCUAAAAUAUGUGAAUCUGAAUUAUCCACUCGAAUUUUUGACUUGAUCUCUUCAGUAUGUUUUCCACGUGUUCCCUCCGAGUUAAACGCUUACUAUGCUCCUAUUGAAACCGAGUAUACUGCCAAAACUGUUAUUACUAAAACUCGGAAGCUUUUGGAACAAGAGGCGGAUAUUGUUUCUCUUUCUGCUCAUCGCAAAGUCUUCAGCCACUUUUGGUUGUCGUUCUUGCGGCAACUACUUCCCCUACGCGUGUACAAACGGGUUUUAUUAAUGCUUGAAAAGUCCAUCAUCCCUUUUCUAAACAAGCCACGCCUACUGAUCGAUUUUCUAACGGAAUCGUACGAUAAGGGCGGUGUUUACAGCCUUCUAUCCCUUAGCGGUCUUUACGUACUGAUCACUAAAUACGACCUGGAUUAUAACGAUUUUUAUAAGAAACUUUACUCGCUUCUUGAUCAUCAACUUUUUUUUAUGAAGCAUCGUCACCGUUUCUUAGCGUUAAUGGAUCAAUGCUUGUCUUCGCCUCUCCUUUCAGCUUCCCUGGUGGCCGCCUUCAUAAAGCGUCUCUGCCGCUUAGCUCUCCGUGCUCCUCUCUCUGGCGUGGCCGUGAUUCUGCCCCUAAUUUACAAUCUUCUUCGGCGGCACCCUAACACGUUGCCGAUGAUCCACCGCUAUAAAUCUGCAGGGGAAGACUGUUAUGACUAUCAAGAAGUCGAUCCAGAACGUUCAUUGGCAAUUGAGAGUAGUUUAUGGGAGCUGGACGCUCUGAUGAACCAUUAUGUUCCUUCGCUCUCAAAGUUUGCUGCGUCCUUUAAGGAGCCGUUCGGUGUCGCUGAUUAUAAAAUUGGAGAGUUUCUUAAUCAUGACUAUACAAAGAUUAUUGAAGAAGAACUUAAAAAGAAAGUAAAGAGUGUGCCUUUGGAGUUUAGCACGCCAUCUGGGUUAUUAACACCAGCAAUGCCCAUGUGGACUUUAGACUGAUUUGUGAUAGCAACUGCCAUGCAGCUUUUUUGGCCUUACGUAGCAAUU